UGUUUCCUAUUUUUCGCAGUGUGUUUUAGAAUAUUGUAAAGUGUGCACGUAUUUACGUUCCAGCGCUUAAUACAUUUCUUUUCGACGCUUUCUAGUAAUGCAAGAAGUUACUACAACGAUUUCACACGAAUUCCAAUUGCGAAUCGCAAUUAUUUCGCAAAGAGUGAAUAAUAUCGGGUUUGAAGAAGUUUAAAAUAAGUACAGAAGUGACGAAUACUAGCUAUAUAUACGCGCAGCAGUAAAUAUAAUUUGGAAUUGUAGAAAAGUGCCUUUUAUUUGUGUGUGCGCGGCCAUCGUACGAUGAAUCGUUGCUGGUGGAAGUGAACAGCAAAAACACAGAAGCGUAUAAUAAGAGUGAAUGGUGCAAAUAAAAUAUAAAUUACGAAUGCGAAUUUAUAAAAAAGAGGUUUGUGCUUAGUUGAAAAUAUCUAAUAGUUGUGUGAUUUUCAUGAAAACUGCGCAAACUGUAAACUUUACACGAGCCCUACAAAAUUUGGUCACUAUUGAAUAUUAUAAUAUCCAAUUGGUUUAUACAAUACCAAGCUUGUGUUAAUUACUGCUCGUAGUGGUUUUUGGUUUCAAAUCUUGGUAUUAUACUAUUUUGCUACACGGAUUGCUUCAUAUUUUAACAAUUCGCUUUUUGGCAGUCACAGACAAGUAGCAGCAGCAGCAGCAUUUGAAGACGCUGUCUUUGGCUUUGAAGCUCAACGUCGACGUUAACGUCGCAGCCUUAGUUACCGUGAACGAUUUUGUGUGUCUCUCUCUUGUGACGUUCAUUCAUAUUCGUGCAGACAUAAAGUUUGGUUAAAGCAAAGAAAAGUCAAGAAGCAUAAAAGUAACAUUGAACGAAUGAGUGAUAAAAAAUGUGUAUAAAAGAAAACAGAAAGAAAUUUUCUUUUUCUGCUUGGUAUUGUUUUUCUUUAAUGGGCGCAGCAGCAAGUAAACGCACAUAACUACCACCAAUAUAAACAGCUAGCGGCACUGGAGCAACCGAGACAGCAAACACCAAAAGAGCCUGAAAUCGCUUUAAGACAAGUGUGUAUAUUGCUUUGGGCCAUCUAUUAUAACAUUGGCGUGUGAGUUUGUGUAUUUGGUUUUUGUUAUUGUUGACUGAUUCUUGGCUUCUUACUUCUGUUUGGAGCUUCAUGCGGUCUCUGUGCAUAUAAGCAGUGCAGUGUGGCGCCGAAGCAUUGACCGCACUCGGUACAUUCACAUACACCUACAUACGACAUAAAUGCAUGCAUAUACGCAUGUACUGGACUUCAUGCGUUAAAAAAAUAAAAAUUACAAAGAAUUGCAAUAAAAUAAGUGAGCAUAGCAUAGAGAAAACCGUAACAAAACGUAAAGAAAAAUUGUGAAAACGCUAAAAAAUACAAGUUCGUCUAUUUUUGCAAAAAGCCGAAAUGAAAAUCGUGAAAUUUUGUUUGUGUGUAUAUGAAAAUUCUUAGUAUAAAGUGAAGAAGUGAAGAAGAAAAGUGAGCGCAGAAAAUAUCACCUCAUCGCAUCCGUCAAACGAUUGCAACAAUAACAAAAGUAACAGCAUAAACGGGAGCAACAAUUAUAUACAUACGCUGAAAAAUUUGCUCCAAAGAAACCAAAAAUUAAUAAAAAAAACAAAAAAAUUAAAAGAAGAAAACACGUACUCGCGAACUGUUCAUAUUCGCUCAUUUGAUUCGUGUUUUUCGCAGUGUUAUCCAUCGUCGUCGUCGUCGUGGUCGUAGUCGUAGUCGUGGUUAUCGUCGCUGCGGAUAUUUUGCCGAUUUCGUUGUUAUUGUGGUCACAAUUUGAAUAGAUUUUCUUGUGGAAAGUGUUCAUUUGGCGUAUUUUGGCAAUUGCGCUCCAAACGGCUAGUGUGUUCCGUUUCGACGCCGCGAGAGACAUCGCAUUGGAUAUUGCCAACACAAUCGCAAUCGCCGGUCAGGCAAAUCAAAGUAAAAACCAAACAAGCAUUAUACGUGCAAUCUUCUUCCGAUAUUUGCAUUUGUGCGCUAUUCACCCCCCCCAACAGGCCCUUUCUAUCAAAGAAUUUGUUGUAUUAAUACUUUGCUAUUCGUCGCGUUUUCGUGCUGCUCCCUAUCACAAGUUUCGCGCAUUUGACAUUUGCCGAUUCCGAUUUGACGCAGCGCCACAUUCCUGCGGUCACACACAGUGUUUGUUGAGCAGCACUCGUGCAGUUCCAGUGCAAAGUGCUAAGCGAACAGGCAUUCUCAGGUGUUGAAAGGAUUUUUUGCCAACAGUUGUAACAGUUGGAUGCCGGUGGCCUAAUUGGAUAAUGUGUUAUUAAGACAUAGAUAGUGCUACGUUUUGUCAUAAAAAAUAUAGAUUGUGUUUAAAAUAAAACAAAAAAUAAAACAGUGAACUUUUGCAGUGGCACAAGAAUUUGUGGAUUAUCGACAAAUGAUUCGUAAAAGCAUUUAAGCUUGAAACAUUUGUAAACAACAAACAAGUAAUGUGCAAAAUAAAACAAAAUGUGCUACAUAAGUCACUGUAAACGGAAAACAUUACUUCUCGUAAAUUCAAGUGGAAAACUCUAAUACCACCUGAAGACCCCAAAAAAUAUAUUACUUUCAAAAACCUAACCUCUAAAACAAACCUAGUAAAGCCUAAGAACUGAAAAAAGUGAGAAUAUGUCGACGAAAUUCUCAGCGCAUCCCGACUUGGCGAUCGAGCAAUUGCAGCGAGCCGAGUCAACAGCGCGUCAAAAUUCAAAUAAAGCGCACGCACAUCAUAGGCGGCAUCACUCGGCGGGAACGGGCAACACGAGUGCGACGAAUUCGCCCACAAAGUCGGCGAAAAAUGCUGCAAAACAACUCAAUUCCAAUGGUGCAACAGCAAGCGCCACAGCAGAACAGAGUGACGCUACGCGCGCUGAGCCGCAAGAGGCGCAUUUCAACGCCGCCUUUCCACGUUUAACGCCUGUGCGAACCUACAACACAACGACAAGCAGUCACAACGCACCGCAUGUGGACGCGUUGGAUAAUAAAUUCGCCUAUAAUAGAGAUGGUGUCGAUGUGAAUACGAUGGUUUUGGCUUAUAUCGAUGAUAUCGAUCUCAAUUGUGACGAUGAUGAUGAUGUUUACUGUCGAUCGAGUAACACCAAAGACUGUGUAGACUGUACGCCAGCCACGACAUUGCGGUGGUCAGCGGCUGCUGCUGCUGCACAAGAGUCGGCCGCACACGCUAUGUCUGUGGAUGAGCCGGAUUACUUGCAGCAUCGCUUUAGUCGAACAGCGGCGGAUAACUGUAAUAGCCGGCAUCCACAGCUGCAGAGUGUUGAUUACUAUACCGCCGACCCGCGUGCCUCACCCAUACACGCCAUCAGCGAUGGUUGUGCCAGUGGUGUUAGUAGUGCUCUAAGUUCACCAUCAGCCAGCACCGUAUCUUCGCCACUUUCAACGCCGACAAGACUUGCGCCACACUUUCAACAAAACCAAAAUCAACCAAAUAGCAGUAAUUGCUGCCAGAAAUCGCUAGCCAGCGGUUGUUGUGGUGGUGGCGGCGGUGGCACAAGUGACAGUGAUAAAGGUUGCAAUCAUUUACAUCAACAUCACCACACACAGCAUCUCCAUCUCCACCAUCAUCAUCACAAACAUCAACACACAAUGACAUCAUCGACAACGUUAAAGUCCACAUCCAAAGCAGCGGCGGCGGCCGCGGCAGCAGCUGCGGCGGAAUCGUCGUCAAGCGGAUGUAAAAAGUCACAGAAAUAUGAUCCCCAACUACUAGGCCCGUCACGUUAUCGUCAACUAUUGCCAGUUGUGCUAUGCAUUCUGUCGUUCGCGAUCGUUUUUAGCAUAUUAAUUGUUUACAUGGAUACGACAGAAAUUCGUCAUAAACAAUUUCGACUGAAUAUGUCGCGCGAUUAUGAAUUCUUCGGCGUAGCACAAGAUGAUCCCACACUAAUAGCAUUCCUGCGCGAAAUCCAUAUGCGCAAAUACCCCAUGCACUUCCUGAAGAAUGCGCCCAUUGACGAUGUCACGUCAUCUGCAUCGCCGGCGGUGGCGGCAGCGGCGGCCGCAGCAGCAGCGACUGCAGCAGCCGGUGCGGCGAGAUCUACGGCGGCCACCAGUGGUGAAGCAACAACAACGCAUUUCAAUUUCAGCAAUCACUAUGAAGGCAUUACCGCCGAAAUGGCGCAUUACGUGGCCGAUCUGGUGGGUGGCAAAGAGAAUGGCGCCUACAUACAAUCGCUGCCGGGUGCAAUGGGUCAUCUGAUGACGGCACCAUGGCUGGCGGCCACAUUGAAUUGGGCGGGCUUGGUGGUGGAACCGGAACCGCGUCGUUUCUUCACAUUGCGCAAACAGAAUGCGCAACGGCCGGGUCUGCAGGUGGUGCACGCAUGUAUAUCGCCCAAUCCGUAUCCCAAAGAGGUUACCAUACACAACGAAGAGUCGGAGGUGCGCAUCAAUAGUCUGCUGGAUGAGGAAACGUCGUGGUUCAAUUCGCGCGUCAAAUGCUUUCCAUUAUAUUCGCUAAUGUUAGCUUGCAAUCGUGUGACAUAUGAUCUACUGAGUUUGGGUGUUCAUGGGCAUGAAUUGGAGAUCCUACAAACGCUACCUUUCGAUCGGGUACAAAUCGAGGUGAUAUCCAUACACCUAACGGAUGACAUCGCACGAGGCUACGUAAACGAGCUAACCAAGUUCCUAGCGGGUAAAUCGUAUAAAUUACAAAAGACCUUCGGUCGCAAUUACUUCUAUCAACGAAUCAAAACGACGAGUCGAACACGAAAAAAAGAUAUACUACUACUCAAAACGCCUUAAUUAGCAGCAACAAGAGCGGUUGGUGUUGCGACGGCCAUGCUGUGAACGAACCAACGAAAUGGGGAAAAUACCGUUAAAUAAGCUAUUGCCGCCGUUGCUAUUGCUACAACAAAGCUAUUACUUUAUAAAUAUAACUAAAAAAAAACAUAAGCAAAAAAUAUAUUAUUAAAAUAGUACGCAAAAUUGCUGCGAAUUUAUGAAUAUCGAUAAGAACAAGAAGAAAAACCAACAACAAACGAGCAGCAAAAGACGUUAAACGAAAUUUUUUUUUUAGUAAACUCAAAAUGGAAAGUAAUUUAAUAGCAAAAGCAAAAAGCGCGCGCGUUGAGUAAAUUAAAUUAUUUAAAUGUGUUGCAAUGCACGAAUAUUAUGCAAUGCGAAACGAAAUUAAAAAAAAAAAAUAAAAAUUGAAAAAAAAAACACACAAAAUUUGCAAAGCACAGAAAUUACGUUGGGAAGUGCGUAGUUAACGAAGCAGAUGUGAAUUAUAAACUAAAAAAGUAAAUUAAACGAAAAAUUAUAAAAAAAUGAGCGCACAUGCGCAGUUGCACUUCAAAGCGUGCAAUCGUAAUUUCCUUAAACGACGCAGCUAUUUUAGUGACUAAGUAAGAAUUUUGUAUUUAUAAAGAAUUAAAGGGAGUUUUUCCUUAUUUACGUAACCUUGCACGCUACAUUUGCCUUCAAUGCGCACUUCAGCGUCAAUUCAUCAAUCAUUGUUGUUUCGCGAAAGUAAAAAACCAAGCAAGAAUUCAUCAAAAUUAUAGCAUUUUUUGUUGUGUUUCUCAAUCACUAUCAACUAUUAUUUUUAAUAGCUAGCCUUUAAGUUACAAAAUAAAUAAAGCAACAAACAAAAAUGUAAAAAUGCAAAAAACGUGUAACAAUGUUUGUGAAGAAGUAAGAAUUGUUUGCUAACGAUCGCAAAAUUGUCGCUGUUGUAUAAAUACUAAAUAUAAUUUAAUUUAAAUGAUUUAGUUUACUUUGCACACUUACCAUAGUUUAGUUUAUAAAAAAAAAAAAUAAUUUAAUUUAAUUGAAAGAAAUGCUUUAUGAAAAUUUAAAUUAUUGCCUAAACGAGUACGAGUUAAGUUGUCGUGAAGAAGUGAACAAAACAAGAUAAGAUAUAAAAUGGUAUGUGAAUGAGAGAGUCUUAGAGCAGUUAUUUGCUUAUAGUAAAAAAAAAAAACAAGUGUUAAACUAGCAGUUAACGCGCAUACUGAAAAUAAUAAUAUAUAUACUGAAAAAUAUUUAUAUGUGUAUAAAUAUAUAUUUAUAGAACUAUUGUAAUGCUAAACACACACACACACACACACACUACACACUUUGAAUAAUUGACUGUUUUUUGAUAUUAGUUUGUGAAAUUAUUGUUUAAUAAAGUAGCUAAGAGACACACUUUAAACGCACUUACACAAUAAAAAAAAAAGAAACACGAGAAACAUACACGAGGCUGCUUCGGCAAUUUUGGUGAAAAAAAAUAUAUAUGCUUUAAAGCACUGCAAGACUUGCUAUAAUUAUAUAGCAAACGAUAUGCUAUAAAAUGUGUGCAUAUAUUAAUAUUAUACAUAUAUUAUGUAACUUGAAGUAUUAACACAGUAACGCAAACACAAGAGGCAGCUUUUUAUAAAAAAAAUUAAAUAAUUAUAGUGCGUCUUGCAGUUCUUUAGCUGCAAAAUACAAAUUUUUCACCAUAAAAUUGUGACAUAACCUCAAAUAUUAUACAUACAUAUUCACCACAGCAGGCAGCUAGUGAUGUAGUGGGCAGAAAUGAAGCAGACAAGCAGCUAAAAAAAGUUAAAAGAAAAUGUUUAAAGCAUAUUUCGCAUCUGAAAUGUCAAACUAAAAUAUCUAAAAUAUAUUUCGCGAAUAUUUAGUGAAAAUAUAAAAAGGCGAAAAUUUUCAAAGUGUAAUGGCAGCAGCUACAGCAACAGUAUUAUAUGUAGUAAAAUAUAUAUUUUUCUUAUCAAAGUCGUCUGAAAAGCAGUUAUUCUCUAAAAUAUUUUGUUUUGUGAGUUUCCAAACUAUUAUGGUUACUAUGAAUGCUAUAAAUUAAAUAAAAAAAAUAUUUUUUUUUUGCAAUUAAUUUUGGAUAUUUUUCUUUAAAAUAUUAAUAAUAGAUUAACAAUGUUGCACAGUUUAAUCAGAAUAAACUUGUUUCUAAAAUUAAUUUUGAUUUGUUUAGUAAAAUAAAUUUGUUUCUUAGGUUAAAAUAUAUUUUUUGAGCGAUAUUUUUUUGAAAACUGCAUCAACAAAGAAUUAAAUUAAAAAAUAUAUUUAUUUUGGCUCUGAUUAAGUCACAAUAUAUUUUUUUCUGCAAAAUAAUUUCGUUUUCUUUUCUUUAAAAAUAAUUUUGAGCUUUUAAAUAUCUCUUUCCUCCGUUUUUAUUAAUUUUUUCUGAGUGCUUGUCCUAAACAUUUUUUUAUAUAAAUAUUUACUCAAAAACAUAUAUUAUUAAUGAAAAAUUGCAAAUCUUUGUAAAUAUAUAAUUUCAAUAUUUUUAUUAAAAUUAUAUUUUCUUCUUUAAAAUAAAAAAAAUGCCGUCAAAUUAUUUUUUCUACUCCACAUACUUCAUAAAUGUUGCCACUAUUUAAAAAAAAAAAAAUAAAAAUAAAAUAUAUUCAUCUAACAAAAGCAACAUAGAUAAAUGAAAAUAUAUAUUUAAAGCACUAAUAAUUUACACUCUUUAUAAAAAUAUAUGUGAAAUUCAAAUCAAAAGCAUUUAAAUCUCUAAAACUAAUAACAGUCAUCAACUAGAAAAUAUAUGGCUGCAACCGCAAAAUAUAAAAAUAAUUGUUAAUUAUAGCUAGCGCGCCCAAUUACACAACUACACACAGACACUUAUGAAAACCAAAAACAAUAAAAACAAAUAUUAUUGAAAAUCACAAAAGCUUCUCAACAACACUCAAAAGCAACUCGUUACUACUUUAUAUAUAAACACAUACACAUAAAUUAAAUUACUAUAAAAACUACCUUAAAAACGAAAACAAAAACUAGUUUUAAAAUGAACAGCUACCAAUUAAUGUUAAAAAUAAAUUACACUCAAAUAAUGAUAAUUGUUUAUUGUCUGUUUUUUUUUGUUCGUUUGUAUGUAUGUUUGUUUUUCAACAAUUGCUGCUGCGUGUAGCCGUACGAUGGUAUUUAUUAUUAAAUAUAUAUUUAUAUAUGUACAUUAGUUUUGUAUCAUCGACAUUAAAGUGACAUUAACAUAUAACAUUAACAUUACCAUUAUCAGUAUCUCAUUAACAGCAAGAGCAAGCCGAGUUUAAUGAAAAUGCAAAAAAAUUGAUGAAAUUGUAAUGAAUGGCAUACAUAUUUAUUGUAUUAAUGCAAAUUAUUAUUGUAAUUACAAAAUAAAAAACACAUGCAUAGACCCGCAUACCUUGAUGGUAUAUGUAUAUGCUUAGCAGAGUCUUAUAUGUAUAAGAAGUGUAAGCAUUUAUCUGUGUUAACGCGUGCUUGUACGAAUUGAGCUCAAAAGAAGCUUAUAAAUAAUAUAUAUGAAUGAUAUAAAAGAAAUUGUAGCAACGAAAUGGCAGUUAGGUGAUUUGUGAGGUAAAUGUAAAAAUUAUAAUUUUUUGUAAAAACAUUUUUUUUUAAUUUAUUAUUUUUUUUUUUUGAAAAUGCUAAUUAUUGUUAAUAUCAAUUUUUUGUAAAAAUAAGUUUUUUUUUGUAAAUUUAUUUAUUUUUUUUUUUUGAAAAAAUGCUAAUUACUUGUAAUAUAAAUUUUUUGUAAAAAUAAAUUUUUUAAAUAGUUUGUUUUUCUAAAAAUAAUUUUUUUUAUAAAUUUUUUUUUUUCUGCAAAAAUGCUAAUUAUUUAUAAAAUUAUUUUUUUGCAAAAAUAAUUUUUUUGUAAAUUUUUUUUGUAAAAUAUUUUUUUUUUAAUAUUUUUGUUUUUUUGUAAAAAUUUAAUUAUUGAUAAUAUAAAUUUUUUGUAAUUCAAUUUUAAUACUUUUCAUAGUUGUUCAUUUAAUAAAAAAAUUAUUUAAGGUUUUUUUUGUUUUAGUUCACUUUGAUCAACUUAUGUAUUUUUGAUUUUUUCUUUUCAAUAUUUCUGUCUUACUUCGCAAUAUCAUUUGGUUACAACCUCAAAAGCCUCGAAGAACCUUGCUUGCUUGCUUUGCACUGCCUUAAAAAUCAAUAUAGUAAUUAAAUUAACCAAUUAUUCUGUAAAUUUGCAAAUAUUCUUGCCCAAAAAGAAGUGCUUAGAAAUUUAAUUUAGAAUAUAAAUUGCAUUUAUUAUUACUUUUUGUUGAUAAGCUUAAAUUUUUUUCCGUUAAAUAAUGAAUACAUUAAAAUAUUUUAUAAAAAAAUUUACAAUUUAAGUUAAUUUAUAAAUUUGAUUUUCUUUAAUUUCCAAAAAUUAUUCUAAUUUUUUAAUUUAUUUUUGUUAGAAAAAAUAUUUUUUUCUCCAAAAAAAGUUUUUUUACUAAAAGUGAGUUCACACUCGCCUACGGUGCAAAGCAAGCAAUGAAAUAACUGCCAUUUUCGUUGUUUACAAAAAUUUAUUAAUAUUAAAAAAUAGAUAUUUAUAUUUUGCAGUGCCCUUAAUUGCUUUAGUUCAAUGUUUUCCGCUCUUUAUUAUUACGACAUUUUUCUAUAUUUUCUUUUGCUCUAAGUAUUUAUAUAGAAAUAUGUUUAUUAUAAAUAUAUUUUUGUCUAGCUUUAAGUUUAGCGUAAAUUUUUAAAAUAAGCCUAAAUUUAUGUCUUAACUGUAAUUUGUAUUUAUAAUGUCAACAUAUUUUUUUUCUUUUUUGUUAUUAAGUGCACAUGCAUAUUAACUGUAAAUUAGCGCUACUACAAGUCACAUCACGUCAAAUAACGCAUACAUUUUGCUCAUAAAGACUAUUCAUUUUUUUACUUUUAAACUAUAAUUUA